CGAUUGUUUACAUCGCCAAACGUCAAAGGGCAUGGUUUGGUGCACAACAAAAUCACGAAAUAAGUUUUGUAAUCCAAUCUAUUGUAUAGUAUUAAGAUAUUGUAGUUCCAAAGUUCCCGAUGAAAUUGUUAUACCGAGCGGCCUCGAUUCAAAACCGUUUGGCGCUUCAUAAAAGCAAUAUUUUGUAAUACGAUACAUCCGAUACAAAGCGGUAAAGCACAAGCAUUGUGCAGAUUAGGCAGGAGCAGGUUUUUGUCCUGGUAAAAGUGGCAAAGUGUACCUCAGCAGGAUGGCAACGAGUGAAACCGUUCGUUCUGCGACAGAUCUCGAACAGGACUAUCAGGAAGCGGAUAAAACACGAGCCUCAAAUCCGGAAGAUUUUCCCAAUUUUCGUGACUUUCAAAUCGUCAAGAUGGUGCAACACUUUCGCGUCGUAACGGAUGGUACGGAGCAGCAGCUGAGGCUCGGAUUCAAGUGCAAAACGUGCGGCGUAACGUUCAACAAAACGAUGCAACUGCUCGGCCACAUACGGUUGCACUUUGAGGACGAACACACGUGCCGGGAGUGUGGGAAAUAUUUUUUUGACCCGAGCAAAUUGCAGAUACACAUCAAAGCCAAACAUACGAUAAACGAGUUGAAGUGUCAGCUCGGAUGUCCCCGCUACUCAUCGCCCAGCUUCAAAUGCCUUCAGCUACAUUACGAACGGUACCAUUUCGUUAAAAUCCGUAUGCGAGAGCUGCGCAAAAUGGACGAAGCGAUUCGAAACGGGGGAACGGUUAUGACGGAGAUAAUACCGAAAAAGCAACGCCGUAGACAGUUUCACGCGACCGAUCUGCUGCGCUCUACAUCGAGCGGUGAAGAUUCGCAAGGCCUUGAAGGACCAUUUGAGGAGGAUGCAGCAGAGCAACAGCAACAGGAGGAGCAGCCAGUGCAGCAGGAACAGGAGCAGCAACAAGAGGAACAAGGGCAGCCACCACCACAGACGAUACAGCAACAGCAGCAUCCGCCACCGCAACAAAUUCAGCUGCAGCAGAUACAGAUACAGGCGCCACAACUGAUACAGCACCACCAUCAACUGUCUCAGCUGCCGCAGCACCAGCAGCAGUACGUAAUCCAAACGGUCGAAGCAGUCGAAGAGGAAGACGACGGGUUCGACGAUGACGAUGAUGGUAGUGAGAAGAUAAUGUCCGAACCAGGAGCGGAAGAGAAUGCAAUCUAUGACGACCAAAUGCAGUGUUGUGUGUGUGGGGCGAUAUUCGAGGAUGAGCAGCAGCUGGAGAUGCAUGAAAAUUCACACACCGCACCACUUGAGUGUAGCUUCUGUAGCAUGACGUUCUUGCAGCUGCCGGACAUAAGGCAACACUAUCAAAGCCGACACCAGGCAGUAAGCAGACCGUCGCAAUACGUUAUUGCUCACCCGGGCGGGUCCCUGGUGCAGCAGCAAGCGUUACAUCAAAUUGUACACAAUCCGCAUCAGUUGCAGCAGGAGCAACAGCAACCGCAACAGUUACAGCAAACGGCCCAGUUCAUUCCGAGCGCAUCGAAUGGCGCAAUGACGACGAUGCUGGUAAUGCAAAAUGGAAUGCUCAUACCGGUACAUGCAAUCGAUAGUGCACAGCUGACCGCAGUUAAUCCUUAUCAGCACCAAACGACACCAACUACUACACUCGCGCCGAUCGCACAAGGUUCCCAAAUUGCGUGGCCGAUAACGGCGACACCGAUAGCGGCCACGCAGCAUCAUCAUCAUCACCAGCAGCAAAUACUUCCACCGGUGCAUAAUCAGAUUGAAAUUAUUCCGCUCCACACAAGCCCAACGGCCGGUGGAUCGGCACCACAUCACAGCAUCAUUACAUCGCUCGCCCCGCAACAGAUUCAAGCACAAACGCCGCAGACACUUACACCAAUACAGCUCAGCAUUAAGGAUGCGAGCGGAAAUGUGAUUGGAGGUGGUGGAACGACGAACGGGUCCGGUGGAUACGUUAUCAAUCAGAUUGCAUCGAUUGAUCCGAGCUAUUUAAAGCAAAUAGAUCCAGUUUUACAUCAGCAGCAGCAGCAGCAGCAGCAGCAGCAACAGGAACAGCAAUCACCGCAACAGCAACAACCGACACAGCAAAUGCAUCAUCACCAGUGGCACAGUGUUCAGCAGCCUCAGCAGUUUAAUUCGUAGUAAAGGGAGACAACAUGGGUUUAAGGUGUAUCACACCUUUGAGGCGUUUUAACUAGGCUAGCUAAAACCAACUCUUUCGGUUUUUUUUACCGUUUCUCUGGAUUCAUUUAAUGUUGAAAUCUACGCAUUUGGACUAAAGUGCUGCAACAGGAUGAA